AUGCCAAUGUGGGCACCUCCAACACCACCACAAGAUGAUAAUGAUGUCUACAUUGAUAAGACAAUGUUUUUCUUGUAUGAGCCAACUGUUAUGCCAGAAACACAACUGCCACCAGUUUAUGUCAGAAAAGAACAUAAACGUCCUAAAGUUGAAACUGUAACAACACGAAAGCAGAAGCAACGCAAAGAAGAACAGCUGAGAGUUCCUCGUUCAUUGUUUGAUCGCCCGACGGCAGCUCUGCUAAAGAUGCGUCGUGAGGCCAAACUGCAGAAACUGAAACAUGGCUUGAUCAAACCAUUCCGUCCGAUGCAGGUUGUGUCAAACAAACAACCAGUUGAACCAGUUGAGGAACAUCCUGAAUGGUUGAUUCAUGAGGACUGGGCUUUGUUACAAGCUGUGUUGUCUCUUUUGGACCUAACAUUGAACUUAACUGUAUUGUCACCUGCCCGCAUUGCCAACUGGGAAUUAGUUGCUGAUGUUGUCAAUUGCUGUAGCAGAAAUUAUCGCUCACCCAAACAGUGUAAAAACCGAUAUGAAAAUGUGAUUAUUCCACGUGAAGAAGGACGACUUCUGUAUGAUAUAAAUCCACGAAAGCAGAAGAAGACAAAGGGAAUAUAUAAGACGAAGAAUAAUCGCCCAAUUAAAACUAGUCAGCUCUAUGGACAAGAUAGCUACUCUGCAGCAACGUCUUUGUACACAGGCCGCUUUGACAUGAUGAAAAUUCUUUCUGGCAAAAGACAGCCUCCAUUACGUCAAACAGGCAGUGCUGAAUAUAUCUAUAUCUAUCUAUCUAUAUCUAUAUAUCUAUAUCUAUCUAUCUCUAUAUCUAUAUCUAUCUAUCUCUAUAUCUAUCUAUCUAUAUAUCUAUAUCUAUCUAUCUCUAUAUCUAUAUCUAUCUAUCUAUAUCUAUAUCUAUCUAUCUCAUAUCAUCUAUCUAUAUAUCUAUAUUCAUUCAUCUCUACAUCUAUAUCCAUUCAUCUCAUAUCUAUCUAUCUCUCAUAUCUAUAUCUAUCUCAUAUCUAUAUCUAUAUCUCUAUAUUCAUCUAUCUAUAUAUCUAUAUAGAUCUAUCUAUCUAUAUAUUCAUUCAUCUAUCUAUAUAUCUUCAUUCAUCUAUCUCUAUAUCUAUCUAUCUAUAUAUCUAUAUCAUCUAUCUAUCUAUAUAUCUAUAUCUAUCUAUCUAUAUAUCUAUAUCUAUCUAUCUAUAUAUCUAUAUCUGUCUAUCUAUAUCUAUCUAUCUAUAUCUAUAUCUAACUUUACAGCCUGGUCAGGUGCAGCUUCCGGUCACUCAGCAGCAGCAGCAACAGCAGCAGGUACCUCAGGUUGUCACAGCUAACCCUGCUCAUGUAUCUCCCACUGUGGCAGCUGCCCAGGCUCAACAGCUUCAAUCAAUUGGUCCUGUCUCCACUGUCUCUGGAACAGUUAUGACUGGAUUGUUACAGAAAACAGAUGCUGUAGGAGGGAGGUCAAGUUUAAAAGCUGUGCCUAUCUCAUGUACCAAAGGAAAUCCUAGAAACAUUCUCAUCAACACCACAGGAGGCACCAUAUCUUCAAAUUCCUUUGCUGCUAUCAACAAACAUGUUUCUCAGGGCCACACAAAUUCUCCCCAAGUUACUACAGUCCCUAUGGGUGUCAGUUUAAGCCCUGCAGUACGACCAGCUCAGCGGCAACCGAUCUCUUUGACUGUACAAGACCUUACUCCAGUAUCAGCUACUCAGGUGGCUGCUCAAGUGGUUGCUGCCACACCUCAGGGUGCAGCUCAAUCAGCAACUCCGGGACAAGCAGCUUCAGCAACAUUACAGACAACUGUAGGAACAGCUGCAGUUAUGCCCCCAACAAAUUUGACUGCAAUGCAAAUAACAAAUCCUCAAAGAAUUGUCACUACUACUACAGCAAGCACCACAGUGAAACACCAAGUUAUUCAGCAACCAAAAGGACUUUCUCCUCAAAUGGUCUUAAAAACCACUCCCAUUCAAACUCAGAAGUUGGGAGCACAGUUAACUAAAAACCGUUUAGAAUUGAUACGACAGCAGCAAGUGAAAAGAACUGCACUUACACCCCCAGCAAUUACAUUAACCAGCACCCAAAAAUCUCUCAAUUUAUCUGAUGUUGUUCAGAUGCAGCAGCAAGGUCAGAAACACAAAGACAGACAAAACUCAAGGCAGCCUGAAGUGGCCAUGAUAAUUAAACGUCAACGCAUGGCACAGCAACAGCAGCAGCAGCAACAGCAGCAGCAACAGCAGCAGCAACCCCAGCAAAAUCUGCAAAUACAAAAGAUGGUGGCACAAGCUCAGAGCACACAGACACAGGCUACAGUUACUGCAACACAAGCCCAGGCAUUAUCUUCUGCUCAGAUCAUAAGUCAGGCUGUUACUGCACAAACAGCAACUUCUUCAGCUGCAAGCACAUUGCCAGCCAUCAUGAAAACUAUCACAACACAUGGCACACCAUUGUCUAUACCUGUUAAUAUGACAGGACAGAAAACACAAGUUGCUAAAGGUGCUACUUUUGGACAGCUUACGCAAAUGAAACAAGUUCAUUACUCACAACAUCAACAUCAACAAUUACAACGCAGAGCUGCAUUCCAAGCACCUAAGGCAUCAACUUUGGGUCAAGCUCAAGUUGGAAGCAAAACACCUUUAGGAAUUAAUGUACCAUCAGUUCAAAUAAUCCCAACUCAGAAAUCAAUUACAAUGCAACAAUUGAGCCAGAUAAUGAAAAGUCAACAGGGCAAUCAAAGUGCAGCCAUACAACAGAUUAUCACAACCCAGCCAACCAUCAUUGCCAGCAUGAACCAACCUCAACCCACAGGAACCCACAUGGUUGCUAAGGUGUCCUUGGCAACAGGUUCCCCAACAUCUCAGAUACAAACAAUAUCUGCAUCUCAAAUCAACAUCACUCAGGAAUCUGGAGUAACAAGUUCAACUCGGACAGUGAGCACACUCGCUCAGCCAACAUCAACUGUUGUUAAAACAGUUGCACAUGAAGCAAGUGUACAAGUGCAUCCAACACACACAACACUGGCACAAAGUACAAAACUUACAAGCUUAUCACCAUCAGUGGUGUCACAGGCACUACAAUCACCUCAGUCAUUGCAACAGUUACAAAUGACACUUGCUAGACAUGUGCAAUCAGCUCAGUCUACUGGACUUCCUGCCACAGUAACAGUAACACCUGCAUCACAAACUGUACACCACACACCUGUUACUGUUGCUGCUGUGCCUUCGGGAGGAAUAUAUCCAACCGCAGGUACCACACCGGCGGCGGGCGGGGUGUCUGGUGUAGGAACCACACCAGCAGCUCUUCUUACACCUUCUCCAAUUAAAAUAACUGCACCGCCUAAUAAACCCGUCGACAUUCCACCUGGUACAGAUAACACUGUGGUCAAAAUUACAAUUGUACCUGAAGAUGUUUCACAGCCAGUUGUAGUGAAAGUGUCCAUCAAAAUCUGCGUGAAGAAAUCAACAACGAUGCAACCGCCAACAACAACUGUCACUCCUUUGGUAACUUCGGUAAAAACUGUAUAUGUUAACUGUGCCGACAACACCAACGCCAACAUUGUCCACUACACAACAAGUUUCUGCUAUCACAACACCCGGUGA